GAACUUCGGAAAGAUGUUCGAUAUCAAGUUUCAGGACGAAACGGGUGCCUCGAAAAUUGCUUGGCAAACUUCUUGGGGCCUCACGACACGAACAAUCGGUAAGUUUGGUAGUUUGACCUUUUUGGAUGUAUAACAUCUCUACAAAUCAUGGAACCGAUCAUUCAACAGAUGGUGUAGUUUCGUCGAUUGAGACAACGGUGGCUAACAGAUCAUUUCUCUGCGCGAAUAGGUGUCAUGGUUAUGGUCCAUGGUGACGAUAAAGGCCUCGUGAUGCCGCCCAGAGUAUCUCCGGUCCAAGCUGUGAUUGUCCCUAUUCUAAGCAAGAAAUUGCUGAUGGAAGAUGCGAAUCCUUACUGUGUGUCCGUCUUGCAAGAUUUGGAAUCUCAAGGAGUAAGUGUUUCAUUGCAUACCAGCCUACGGUACAUCAUUUCACAUAUAUGUCGUUUUAUGUUCUAAUCGUUGUAUUUUGUUUCAUACUUCAAAGCUGAGGGCAAAAUAUGACGACAGAACCAUGUAUAAUCCAGGUUGGAAAUAUAAUCAUUGGGAACAAAAGGGUGUCCCAAUCCGUAUCGAAGUCGGUCCUACGGAUAUUGAGAAAUACCAGGUUCGAGCUGUUAUCCGACAUAAUGGAAAGAAAAUUGACUUGCCUUUGGAAGGUUUGGGUGUUCAUUUGAGGGAAAUGCUUGAGGAUAUUCAUCAAGAAAUGUUUGACAAGGCUUCGGCGGAAAGAGAUAACCAUCUUGUACAGGUUACUGAAUGGAAGGACUUUGUUCCGAAUUUAGAGAAAAAUAAUCUUGUACUCACUCCAUGGUGUGGACCGGAACAUGAGGAUUGGGAAGAAUGGGUGAAGAAGACCAGCAGAGAAGAGUCGCUUGUGAACCUUGGUGAAGAAGCAGAGGACGAACGCACUGCCACAUCUGUUGCUGCUAAGACGCUAUGCAUCCCUUUCGAUCAGCCAGAACUACCAAAGGGUAGCAAGUGUAUCGCAAGUGGAAUGCCUGCGACUUGCUGGGUCCUUUGGGGUCGCUCCUACUAAUAUACUAAUGAAAUUAGCCAUCACGU